GACUUAGUGAUUUCUAGUCGUAGGCUUUCUUUUCUCGUUUAUAUAUUUUAGUAGUUACAAAACUCUUCUUUUUUAGUUAUAUACUUAAGGAAAUUACAGAAUUUAGUUAUAAGUGAAAAUGGCGGAAUAUUUGGAAGCAGGGGACAGCGAGAUGGAAUCUGAGGAAGAUGAGAAACCAGCAGAGCGUAAAAAACCUAAACGUAAAGCUGCCGUACAAAGCGAUGACGAAGAAGACGAUGAGGAUGAUGAAGAGCGCCUCCGUGAAGAAUUAAAAGAUUUGAUUGACGAUGCACCAAUCGAGGAGUCUGGUAGUGACGGAGAGGACUCUGAUGCUAGUGAAGGUCCAAAGAAAAGAAAAAAGAGUGAUGAUGAAUUGGAUGAUCGAUUGGAGGAUGAAGAUUAUGAUUUGAUUGAAGAGAAUUUAGGUGUUAAAGUUGCUAGAAAUAAAUUUAAAAGAUUAAGACGUCUGGAAGACGAUGAUAGUGACAAUGAAGGAGCAGAUGAUCCAGACCUGGAGAGAGAAGUUAUUGCUGAGAAGCUAUUUGUUGGUGGUUCUGAUGAGGAGGAUGAAAAUCGUUCAGAAUCAGCUGCACCCAGAGAAGUAGAAUAUGAUGAUGACAACGAGGAUUUAGAAUCAGAUGCUGAUGAUUUUAUAGUAGACGAUGAUGGUAGACCAAUAGCAGAAAGGAAGAAAAAACGAAAACCUAUUUUUACUGAUGCUUCACUACAAGAAGGUCAAGAUAUAUUCGGUGUUGAUUUUGAUUAUGAUGAGUUUGACAAAUAUGGUGAAGAAGAUUAUGAGGAUGAGGAGGAUGAGGACUUGGAUGAAUAUAUUGAGGAUGAGGAAGAAGACGGUGAAAGGAGAAGAACUAAAAAAGGCAAAGCAAAGAGACCUAGCAAGAAGUCUAUAUUUGAGAUAUAUGAGCCGAGUGAGCUAAAGAGGAGUCACUUCACAGAUUUGGAUAAUGAGAUACGUAAAACAGAUGUACCCGAGCGAAUGCAAAUCCGAGAAGUACCCAUCACACCUGUGGAGGAAGGUAGUACUGAAUUAGAAGAUGAAGCGGAGUGGAUAUACAAACAGGCCUUCUUAAAACCUCCAGUCUCAAAGGCAGAUGCACAAGAGUCAAGAGAACGGUCUAGAAGAGGUUCCAGUACGGUAGUGAAGAUCCGUCAAGCCUUGGACUUCAUGAGGAAUCAAACAUUAGAAGUUCCGUUCAUAGCUUUCUAUCGUAAGGAAUAUGUUCAACCGGAACUUAGCAUAAAUGACCUUUGGAAGGUCUAUAAAUACGACGCCAAGUGGUGUCAAUUGAAACAGCGAAAGGAAAACUUACUUCGUCUAGUGGAGAACAUGCGCGAGUUCCAGCUGGAUAAAGUGAUGGUUGAUCCUGACGCUCCAUUGCCAGACAACAUGAGACUAAUUAGGGAUGAGGAUAUAGAAAGAAUGAAGAAUGUUCAAACCCCGGAGGAGCUUCGCGAUGUCCACGCCCAUUUCUUCCUAUAUUACUCUAAUGAUUUGCCUGAAAUGCAAAAGUUGCAACGAACAAAGGAAAGGAAAAAAGAGCUGGAAGAAAAACAACGGCAGGCGCGCGAGGAGGCGGAGCGCGCGGGGGAGGACCCCGACGAGGCGGCGGCCGCCGUGCUCGCCGCGCAGCCCGACGGCGACGAGCCCGACGUCAAGUACGCCGUGCGCUCCGGGCCCUACGAGCUGUGCCGGAAGGCCGGCAUCGAGCCACUGGUGAAGAAGUUCGGCCUGAGUCCCGAGCAGUUCGCCGAGAACGUGCGCGACAACUACCAGCGUCACGAGGUGGAGCAGUCGCCCGUGCCGCCGCUGGAGGCCGCCGAGCCGCUGACGCCGAAGGGCUGCUCGCCGACGGAGGUGCUGCGGCGCGCCGUGUACAUGUGCGGCAUGCAGCUGGCCCGCGAGCCGCAGCUGCGCGCCACGCUGCGCGACGCGCUGCGCGAGCGCGCCACCGUCAGCGUGCGCCCCACGCCGCGCGGCCUCAAGGAGAUCGACGAGAGCCACGCCUGCUUCAGCAUGAAAUAUCUCAAGAGGAAGCCGGUGCGCGACCUGACGGGUGAUCAGUUCCUGAAGCUCACGAUUGCCGCCGAGGAUAAGUUGCUAGAGAUUAAUAUCAGUGAGCAGAUAGAGGGGAACACCGGGCCCAGCUAUUUAGAAGAAUUGAAGCAAUUGUACCAGAAGGAUGAAUUCGCAGCAACAGUUCAAGCUUGGAACGAGCUGAGAGCAGAAGCAGUCACACUCGCUCUCACUAAGAUAGUAAUGCCAGAGCUUAGACGAGAAUUACAUGCUGUGCUUUUGCAAGAAUCUAAAGAAUAUGUACUCAAGUGUUGCCGUCGAAAACUGUACGAUUGGUUGAAGGUCGCCCCUUACGAGUCCAGAGUUUCCGAUGAUGAUGAUGAAGAAUGGGAUGCUUCUAAUGGGCUGCGCGUGAUGUCGCUGGCGUACGUGCCGGACCGUGCGCACUGUGCGUUCGCGUGCGUGGUGUCGGCGGGCGAGGUGGCGGACCACCUGCGCCUGCCGCACCUGCUGCUGCGCCGCAACGCCUGGGACGCGCUCGAGCGCCGCAACAAGGAGGCCGACAUGACCGCGCUGCGACGAUUUAUUCUUCGGAAGAAACCCCACGUUAUAGUAAUAGGCGGUGAGUCUCGCGACGCUCUCAACAUUAAAGCCGAUGUAACAGAAUGCGUGCAGCAGCUAGUGGAAGACGAGCAGUUCCCUCGCAUUCCAGUAGAAAUAGCAGACAACACCAUCAGCAAAAUAUAUAGCAACAGUAUCAAAGGACGAAAUGACUUCAGGGAAUAUCCGGACACAUUAAGGCAGGCGAUAUGCCAAGCUCGUCUAUUACAAGAUCCCCUCAUGGAAAUAUCACAACUAUGUGGGCCGGACGAAGAAAUCUUAUGUCUACGAUAUCACCCGCUGCAGGAUCACAUAACGAAAGAGGACUUACUCGAAGGAAUCGAAUUGGAAUUCGUAAACCGUGUGAAUGAAGUUGGUGUAGACGUUAAUGAAGCGGUUUUAACAGGGAGAGGAACGGAGCUAUUACAAUUCGUAUGUGGUUUAGGUCCAAGAAAGGCUCAAGCUUUAAUUAAAUUAUUCAAACAAACUAAUCAGAAGUUAGAAAAUAGAACGCAACUCGUGACAGUAUGUCACAUGGGUCCAAAGGUCUUUAUCAACUGUUCUGGUUUCAUUAAAAUCGACACGAACAGUCUGGGUGAUAGUACAGAGGCGUAUAUAGAAGUUUUGGACGGGUCUCGUGUUCAUCCGGAAACUUACGAAUGGGCGAGGAAAAUGGCCGUUGAUGCUCUGGAAUACGAAGAUGAAGACGCUAAUCCUGCAGGUGCUUUAGAAGAAAUCCUCGAGGCACCAGAAAGACUAAAAGACUUGGACCUUGAUGCAUUCGCAGAAGAAUUAGAGAGACAAGGUUUCGGUAACAAGAGCAUAACGUUAUACGACAUACGAGCGGAACUAAACUCUAGGUACAAGGAUCUAAGGGUAUCUUAUCGUUCGGCAACCGCUGAAGAAAUGUUUGAUAUGCUUACCAAAGAGUCUCCUGAAACAUUGUACGUAGGAAAAUUAGUAUUAGCAACGGUAAUUGGCAUCACGCACAGGAAACCCCAAAGAGAAAUGUUAGACCAAGCGAAUCCGGUGAGAAACGAUGAGACUGGUCUGUGGGAGUGUCCCUUCUGCCACAAAAAUGAUUUUCCUGAGCUUUCAGAGGUGUGGAAUCAUUUCGACGCGGGCGCAUGUCCCGGACAAGCGACAGGAGUGAGAAUUCGUCUCGACAACGGUCUCUCAGGAUAUAUUCACAUAAAAAACCUGUCAGAUCGACACGUAACAGAUCCUACGGAACGGGUGCGGAUAGGGCAGACCAUACACUGUCGGAUAUUAAAGAUAGAUGUUGAAAGAUUUUCGGUUGAUUGUUCUUCAAAAUCAUCAGAUUUAUUAGAUAAAAACAAUGAAUGGAGACCAUCGAAAGAUCCAUAUUACGAUCAAGAGUCCGAAGAAAAAGAUGUCCGCAAGGACACCGAGGCCAAACAAACGAAGGAGCGCUUGCAAUACGUGAAGCGAGUGAUUGUUCACCCCGCCUUCCACAAUAUCAGCUUCGCGGAGGCAGAAAAACUCAUGGAGAAUAUGGCGCAAGGAGAAGUCAUCGUCAGACCUAGUAGUAAGGGCUCUGAUCACCUCACUGUGACAUGGAAGGUGGCAGAUGGUAUAUGUCAGCAUAUCGAUGUGCGAGAAGAAGGCAAAGAAAAUGCUUUCUCUCUAGGUCGGAGUCUGUGGAUACAAGGGUCGGAAUUCGAAGAUUUGGAUGAAAUCAUCGCCCGAUAUGUCACCCCAAUGGCGAGCCACGCGCGAGACCUUAUAUCCUACAAGUACUACAAGCCGCUGGGUGGCAUGAGGGACAAAGCCGAGGAGAUCCUCAAGGAGGAGAAGGCCAAAAAUGCGAACAAGAUUCACUACGUCAUAUCCGCCGCGAAAAACCACCCCGGCAGGUUUCUCCUGUCCUACCUGCCGAGGGCGAGGUGCACGCACGAGUACGUGUCGGUGACGCCGGACGGGUACAAGUUCAGGCAGCGGAUGUUCGACUCGCUCGGCGGCCUGCUCAAGUGGUUCAAGGAGCACUUCCGGGACCCGCCGCCGUCGGGCACGCCCACGGCGCGCACGCCGGCGCUGCGCACGCCGCACGGCGGGCUGCCGUCCGCGCUGUACCACACGCCCGCGCCGCACACGCCCGCCUUCCACACGCCGGCGCACACGCCCGGCCCCGCCUACGUCAACACGCCCUACACGCCCUCCGCGCAGACCCCCUACAUGACGCCCUUCGCCACCACGCCGCGCCAGCCCGACUUCCUGGCGCCGACCGUCCCGCGCCACAAGCAGGUGCAGCUGCCGGUGUACACGGAGCCGUCCGACUGGCAGAAGGCGGCCGAGGACUGGGUGCGGCACCGCUCCGUGCGCGACACGCCCGCCACGCCGCGCAGCAGCGAGGGCAUGUCCACGCCGCGCGAGUCCAGCCGCACGCCGCGGAUGGACUCGCGCUCCACGCCGCGCCACGACCUGCGGGGCACGCCGCGCCACGACCUGCGCUCCACGCCGCGGCACGACGGGCGCGGCACGCCGCACGGCCACGGCUCGGGCCGCUCGUCGCGCGCGCACUCGGUGCGCUCCACGCCGCACACCAACACGUCGCCGCGCUCCAUGUCGCUCGGCGACGCCACGCCGCUGUACGACGAGAACUAGGCCGCGCUCGGUGCUGCACACGUUUUGUAUUCGUAGGGCCCGGUUGCCUCUCAGUGCUCGUCGCGGGGCGUUCGCGGGACGUUCGCGGAAGCUUGUCGGCUAGUGUGUCGUAUUCACGCGGAAUUAAAUAUUAUUCGUCUUAUAUUAGACAUAUCUAUGCUCUUCACUUUUGCUAUUUUUCUUGUAUCUUGUGUAUUUCUGUGACGGAGCUCCGAUUGCAGUGUUUAGAAGUAUUAUAAAAUAGCUAAAUGAAUUGAAAACAGAGGCCUCGGAAUGAGUAGAUAGCAAAGGUAUAUAAUAGUCGAAGGUAUUGAUUUCUCUCUAAAUAUAAUAAAUCGAGAUUGUAGUCAAUGAUGUUUUGCCAUCGGAUGCACUUUUUUAUAAUUUAAGGCGUUUUAAUAAUAUCGUUAGUUACGCCGAUUUUGUCCAUUGUAUACAAUUAUGAAACUUAUGACUAUUUAUUAUUUUAAAUUGAAAAAUUAGGCAAUAAUAAUAAUUGUAACUCUAUAUUUUUUUAAUAUACCAAGUAGUUGGUAGCAUUUAAAAAUGUAAUCCUUCCAAAUAUGUCAAGUGUCAGACGAUGCCUCCGUAUGGUUCAGUGAUGUAACUACGGCUUAAAACUAAACCGGAAAAAAACAAUAGAAAUGCCUUAUAGAUGGUUAGUGACGUAUAACAGACACACGAUGUAUUCUGCCAUUAACUUGCGGAAAAAUUAAUAAAGGUUAUGAGAAACUA